AACGGAGAGAGGGAGGGGGGGAGAGAGGGAAAGAGAGGGAGGAGGAAGGGAGUAAGGAACUGAAAGUUUGUAUGUCCAUAAACCUUUUUUAACAAAAGUGUUGCAGCACCUGGUAGCUAGCUUUACUGACACAGGAGCGGGAGGUCUGUUCAGUGCUUAAAUAGCUGAGAAACAAUGGGAUAGCGCUGGAAAGUUAACAAUUAACAAUCUCAGCUUAAAUUUGGUAUCUGCAGGGAGCUGGAAGCACAGCUGCCUCUCUCUUUAGCAAAAUCAGAAGGUCUCCUAGUUAAGGGAAGAACUUCUGUUAACAUCUUAGUUUCUGAAAAUUUAGCAGCUUUGAGUUGAAUGAGUACCAUGCAGUUAUGGUUUUAACCAGCCUGCUCAUAUUUAACCAUCUCUGCUCAUUUUGAAGAGUGAGACGGAGAGAGGCUAAUGAGGCUUUUAACAAGCUUUUUACUUUGCUUCUGUAAAUGAGAGUACGGGGCAAAAAAGGGAGCUGAAUUCAUCCGGCAGAAGAGAAGCAGCAAGGAAGAUGGGUCUGUUAAGUGUGGAUUUGCUGAUCACGCUUCAGAUCUUGCCGGUCUUUUUCUCCAACUGCCUCUUCCUUGCGCUGUAUGACUCUGUGAUCCUCCUGAAGCACAUGGUGCUGUUUCUGAGCCGCUCUAAGUCUGCGCGCGGUGAGUGGCGGAGGAUGCUGACCUCGGAGGGGCUGCGCUGCGUCUGGAACAGCUUCCUCCUGGACGCCUACAAGCAGGUCAAACUUGGAGGAGAAGCUCCAAACUCCAGUGUAAUCCACAUAGCCAAGGGCAAUGAUGGCAGUGGUAGCAGCUGGAAGAGUGUUGGUGGCAAGUGUGGGACCAAGUGCCAUCUUCUGGAUUUUGCCAACUCUGAGCGGCCACUGGUUGUUAAUUUCGGCUCAGCUACCUGACCACCGUUUACAAGCCAGCUGUCUGCCUUCAGCAAGCUGGUGGAAGAGUUCUCUGGUGUGGCUGACUUUCUGUUGGUCUACAUUGACGAGGCUCACCCAUCAGAUGGCUGGGCUGCUCCUGGUAUCUCCCCCUCUUCCUUUGAAGUUAAGAAGCACAGGAAUCAGGAAGAUCGAUGUGCAGCUGCUUACCAACUCCUGGAACGCUUCUCCUUGCCACCUCAGUGCCAAGUGGUGGCUGACUGCAUGGACAACAAUGCCAAUGUGGCCUAUGGGGUUUCAUUUGAGCGAGUAUGCAUUGUGCAGAGACAAAAAAUUGCCUACCUGGGAGGUAAAGGCCCCUUUUUCUACAAUCUUCAGGAGGUUCGUCUUUGGUUAGAGCAAAACUUCAGCAAAAGAUGAAAUCCAUUCUCUACGGAAGAUAUGUCAACAGAUGUGUCCCUUUAAGGUGAUGUAAAAGGGAAUUAAGGAAAAUAUAUGCUGGCUUGAAUAAGGCCUUUCAGAUGAUAGCAGGAGAACACAAUUGGUAACAAGGUUGAACUAGGAAAAGAAAAUGAUAAACCAACUCACAUAACCAUUAUUGUAAGAAAAGAAUCCCACUCCUGCACUCCCUAUGGGACAGAAAAGGUGAAGAGGCUCUGGAGGAAACGUGCUGCUGGUGUGCAGGAAGAGAGAUGAGGUAAGAUUUGUCUCCUGGAGGAACCCAUCUUGCGAAGCGUCAAUGCUGGGGUGAGCUGGAAGCCUUGCUUCCUGAAAGACAGUCCAUGGAAAAGAAAUGCUGUGCAAUUCAUCAAUAGCAUUUCUUCACUUUCCUGUGGCCAACGCAAGCAAUUUUGAAUGAGCCAGGGUCUUGCAAUGACUUUGCAUAGAAAUGCAGUCGAGUGUGGCAUUCCUCUCUCGGUAAAGAUUUUCUUGUUUAGAGACUACGCAAACCAUCAUGCAAUGCAUUGUGCAUGCACAUGAUCAAGAUGAAACAUUGUAUGCUGGUAUUUGUACUCUCUAUGGACAUCUCUGCACAGUAUAUUAAUGAUGCAGUUCUAUCUAUAUGUUUGCAUCCAAUAGGUAGGCCUAUGCCUGCUGAGAGAGAUAUUAAAAUCUUUGAAGUUGCACCAAAAAGAGAAAGGUGAUCAGUUAAGCCCAUUAUGAUCCACGUUGAAAACUAAAAACUUGGACUAUUUGUAACAACACAGCAAGAGCCAUCUACUAUUGGUAUCACGAGACAAAACUCAGUUGAUGCCGUCUCCUGGUUCUCAGAGCUGGCAGCAGCAUGCAUUUAUCAAUAUUCUCUUGUUCUCUCUCUUUCUAUUCCCCCUUGAACUCUCUCUGUCUAGAACUAAAC